AUGGUUCAAGAAAAAGAAAACUUUACUGAGACAGUAGAAAGUGAUGAACAGUUACCAGGAAAGGAGGUAGACCUACAGGCUUACUUCUCGAAUGGGGAUGUUGCAUUGCAGGUCAUUGCGGAUCAGUCCCAUCAAAAACAGUUCUCCAAGGAAGAGGAGAAUGCGGUGUUGAGAAAGAUUGAUCUACAUUUGAUCCCCUUCAUGUUUGUUUCCUAUUUCCUUCAGUUCUUAGAUAAGAAUGCUCUUUCAAACUCCUCAGUGUUUGGAUUGAGUACCUCGCUCAAUUUGGUUGGUGAUCAAUACAGUUGGGCAGGAUCUUUGUUCUAUUUUGGAUACUUAAUUGGACAGCCUGUGGCAUCGCGCUCCCUUCAGUACUUCUCUAUCGCAAAGUAUGUUGGUAUCUGCCUAAUAUUUUGGUCCAUUGUUUUGGUUUGCACUUCAGCCACUAGUAAUUUCGCUGGUUUGGCCGUAAUCAGAGUUUUUCUAGGAUUGUUUGAGGCUACCGUGUCACCUGCUUGGCUUUUGCUAACUGGUAUGUGGUAUAGGUCCAACGAGAUGCCUAUGAGAAAUGCAUACUGGUACUGUGCUAAUGCCUGUGGUGUCAUAUUUGGUGGUCUAAUUGCUUACGGUUUAGGCCACAUUCAAUCAUCAAUUAAUUCUUGGAAGUGGUUCUACAUAAUUUACGGAAUAAUUACCUUUUACUGGGGAUUCGCUGUCUAUUUUGCAUUACCAGAUUCUAUUCCAAGCUGUAAGUUCCUAAACUCAAGGGAGAAAUACAUUGCCGUGGAAAGAUUGAGAGCUAAUCGUACGGGUGUUAAGAACAAGACAUUUAAGAAGGAGCAGGCCGUAGAAGCACUAAAGGAUCCCCAGAUUUGGAUUCUUGCUCUCAAUGAGUUUGUUGGAUGUCUCCCAGCUGGCGGUAUCCAAAACUUUGGUAACUUGAUCAUAAAAUCUUUUGGCUUCAGUUCUUUCCAAACCGUCUUGAUGAAUAUGCCUUCCGGUGUUAUUCAAGGUGGAACGUUAUUACUCUCGGGACUUAUCAUCUCCCGUAUUCCGGAUUCGGCCAUUAUAGUGCAAUCUUUGUGCAAUAUUCCAUGUCUUAUUGGUACCUGUAUUGUGAAGUAUCUUCCAAAUCAUCCAAAUUCAAAGAGAAACGGUAAAUUAGUGGCCUUUUGGAUUCAGUACGCGAACACUAUGUCUGACAUAUCACUCUUUGUCUUGAUGCAGAGAAAUAUUUCUGGAUUUACCAAGAAGAUCGUUGCCAAUAGUAUCUUUUUUAUUGCCUACUGCGUAGGCAUGAUUGCUGCUCCCCAGUUCUUCAAGAGUACACAAGCUCCAGGUUACGAUGAAGGCUUCAGGAUGAUGAUUAUUUGCUGGGUCAUCUUGAUUGUGAUUCCAUGGUUCCUAUACUUUUAUUACAAGAGAGAAAACAGCGCCAGAAAUAAGAGAGACGAAUUAGACGCUAGAGAAGGCAGAAUUGAUCAGAUUGAGAACGAGGAGUUCCUUGACCUUACUGAUCAGAAACAGAGAGGCUUCAGAUAUACUCUUUAA